CUUCACCUGGAAAAGUAUUUCACAAGACAUGGCUCGAGAAAGACCAGGAUCCCUCACUGUACUUUUAACUUGACGCCGAUCUUGACCAGUGGAGCGGAGGGGCCCCGGACGUUUUCCAAUGCUCGUGGCCCCGGCAGCCCAAGAAAAAGGUUUACUUUAAAAUUGUGUCUUUAGAACUUUUUGUGGCUGGUGAAAAUUUGGGAAAACCACUAACCACACUGGCUGGUAUGGAAAUAAAAGUGAAUUUCAAGCUUAAGAUAUACUGAAGAGUUUCACAUGGAUUCUUUCAGAUGUUUCAGAGAAUGUCUGCUCAUGAAAGUUAAAAAUGUUUAUGAACCCUGUUAAAAUAGACAUGUGAACAUUCCUUCUUCUGCAAAAAUGCCUGAUUUCAGUUUGACUCUGUCCAGAUCAAAGGUCAUUUCACCUCUCUCACUGUCGUGUCACCGUCUCUCACCAUGUGUUCUCAUGUUUAUUCAAUCUAUUUCUACAGAAUAUGUCCACAGGGGUUAAACACACGUGUCCAAACCACAAUAAUCCAUCUUCCCUUCCUUUUUCAUCCUACCCCCCCCUCUCUCUCUCCCCGCCCCUCCAUCUCCAGGUCAAUGUGUUUGUCCUGCUGUCUUUGGUGUGUGUGCUCCUUAACCUGGCUGGAUUUAUCCUGUGCUGCCAGGGAGCCCAGCUGGUGUCCAGUAUGACCAGCUGCCAACUGAGUGAGGCUGGAGAUGUGUGUUACUGCUGCUCCCUCUCCCCCAGCUCCAAAUGUCCCGAAGAGAAGCUGCUGGAGCUCCACCCCGCCCACUCCUGCGGCACCAUGAGGGUCCUGCUCAAGAAAGUCUUGUUUGCUCUGUGCGCUCUGAACGCUCUGACCACAGCCGUGUGCCUCAUGGCGGCUGCCCUGAGAUACCUGCAGAUCUUCACCACGAGAGCACAGUGCCUGGACGAGCACAGGGCCGCUGUCGACGAAAGGGAGGAACCCGCUCAGGUGCCAGACCCGGAUGAGUUUGUGGCCCCAGCCCCUCCCCCAUCCUACUUCUCCACUUUCUACUCGUACACGCCACGCCUGGCUCGCCGGAUCCUCGGGGACAGCGUGAUCUCUCUCCCUCAUAUCUACGGGGCUCGAAUCAAAGGGGUGGAGGUCUUCUGUCCGCUAGACCCCCCGCCUCCGUACGAGGUUGUCGCUGGCAGCUCCACCGAUGCAGUCACACAGGAGACAGAGAUUGCUCUGAGGGAGUUGAUGACAAACCCGACUCCACCAGGAGCAUCAUCUGUUCCAGACGGGAGUCCGCAAAUGGUAUCGGCAUCACCAGCCACCAAGCCCCAGAUCCUGCCUCCUCCUCCCCCUCCUCCUCCUCCUCCUCCUCCUCCUCUUCUUCCUCCUCAUCAGCAGCAGCAGCCCUCUCCAGCACUGACCCCCUGGAGGAAGGCGAGAAUCCGGCGCUCCAACAGUGACCCAGUAUUGAUGGACCUCACUGCUAAAGUGCUGAGCAGCAGCGGCGCUCCCCCCGCCCCGUCUCCUCAGACCACAGAUUCCUCCACCCAGACCUCCCAGCCCACGCUGGCCGCCUGCGCCCAGGGCCAGGUCACGCUGCGACGGGGCACCAACAACAACAGCGGCGGCGGCAGGACGCCCCGUCGGCCCCGGCCCUCCUCCAUGGUGGACUACCAGAGCUACCGGCACACGCAGCAGCUGGUCAGGAAGAUCCUGGAGCAGCCGGCCGCACAGGGCCUGGCCCCCGAGGUCCAGGAGCUGGUGGACAGCAUACGGAAUGUCCUGCAGUCAGACCAGGAGCACAUGGAGGAGGCUGUGCGCUGUGCCAGCUACAUAGAACAGGUGUUCACUGAUUCACAGAUGGGUCCCAGACAGCCUAAACCGCCCCAGCAGCCAGCGGCCAGUCACUCCCAGACUUUUCCUCGCCCCCCGAGGACGAGGAGGAGGCCCGGUCUGCUGCACCUGCAGAGCUGCGGGGACCUCAGCUCCUUCACUUGCGAGUCCGUGGAGCAACGAGGAAGCCGCGGAAGAGCGGGGUCGAGGCCGGGCUCGAGAGGGGGUUCAUUGGCGGGGUCAAGGACAGGGUCCCGCCUGGAUCACCCUGAACGCCCACACAGUCUGAUCGGAGUCUUUAGAGAGACAGUGCUUUGAGGGACAGCCAAUUGUGAAAAAAAACAACCUGUUGAAUGGCAACACAGCUGGACGCUGCCUCAUCUGUUGAUGAACUUUGAGAGAAAGCUGUUUUAAUCCAACAACUAAAGAGGAUCUGACAAUGUGUGUGUGAUGUGUGCAGAUGAGUUUGUAUGAGUGUACUUUGUUUUUUCUUGACAAUUUAUUGGUGAAAUACAGAAAAUAUGGGCAAAAAUACCUUGUAUCAAAACAUAGUACCCAGCAGUCAAUGAGUUGUUUGCUAUGAGAUUUUUUGACAUUGUAAUAAGUUUGCAUUUGUUCCCGUGAACUCAAUACAGAAAUAUAUGACAGCAAUUAUUUUAUAUGAGUCAUAGUGUUAUUUAAUGGUCCGAUUGCAUUGGCUUCUAUAUUUUCAGAUAUUGAUAAAAAAAAAUUUGAGUCUAUGAUAAUAAACUGAACCCUUAUCUGUCUUCACCUGUGGAUUAUCAGUUACUUCGGUUUGUACUUGCUACCCACACCAGUGAGCUUUGCAUCGUUAAUUUACUACGAGGAACUUUCAUUUAUUUUGUUGAUUUUGGCGGCUCCUGAGGACAAAAGCGGUAGUGUUUCCGAGCACCAGAGUCCCUUUGGAAAACCUCUCAUGUAACUGCAGCAGGCGUCUGACAGUCUGCCCCGCACAGCCCUGGGUCUGGCUCUCCCGUGCCUCCCAUCCCUCCAGCGGGCCUGGCAAUAGUGGUUAUAUUUUAACGUUAGAGCUCCCUUUUUUAAAUUUCAUCAGAAUAAGAUAAUCUGCAUUAUAAUGUGGUUGCAUAUUAUAUAAAGUAUGAGAAAUUAUUGCUGAAGUAGGUCUUCCUGAAGUAGGUCUUCCUUUUUCUUUUUUGGCUGCUCAAAGCACCCGUACUGUACCACCACGAGCAUCAAGAUCCAAGCAGCUUCGCGUUAUAUGGAAUGUCAGGUUUCAGUGGUUUACUCCUUAAAUACAGUAAUAUAUCAAAGCAAAGCUUUGCAAAAGCUGAUAGACCUCCAGAGUAAUG